UUUGCUCAUAUGAGGGGUUACUUUAAUUUCCGUUGCCUUUGUUGUUUAUGUGAUAAUCUCUUAACCAGGCACUAUAAGGUGCCUCAACGAUCUUGAUUGCAUUGCACUCUUUCAGAGGACUGUUUUUUCCUCUUGUAAUAAUAUAUAGUAAUUAUUAUAACUUCAGUCUUGAUAUAGAAAUUAGUCAUCAUCCUUUUACCUUGAUUCUUAAUUAAGGCUGCAUUAAAAUCCCACUGCAUAAUGAACAGCUCAGGAUUUUAGCUCCCAAGUAAGAAAAUGUUAAUGUCUAUUACUUGAAAUAGUCAUGGAGGCUUAAGCCAUACCAUUUUGAUAUUAAACAUUUCAAAGACACGAGAGGAUAUAGAUUAAUUUUAAAAAGUGAGAUCUUUUAAGAUUCUUCGUGCAUUAUUUUUUUCCUUCCCUAUUUCUGCAACACUAAUUCCAUGUCUCCCAGGUACACUGGCAUCUUCCUGCUUUCUUUCCUCUCUGUUUUUGGUAGAUUUCUGCUUGUGUUGAAGAAGAAUCUCUCCACAUUCUAUAUGGAUGCUGUAAGAGGCCAAGGCAUGUAUCCUUUGCACCGUUGCAAGACUAUCCACUUGGUGAGACAUGCCCAAGGUUUCCAUAAUGUGGCUGGAGAAAAGGACCACAGUGCAUACAUGUCCCCAGAGCUUUUUGAUGCAGCACUAACCCCACUUGGCUGGAAACAGGUAGACAAUCUUCGGAAGCAUGUUCAUUCCACAGGUCUUUCAAAGAAGAUUGAAUUAGUAGUUGUUUCCCCUUUAUUAAGGACUAUGCAAACAGCUGUUGGGGUUUUUGGCGGAGCCGGCUUUGAUGAUGGCAUCAAUGCAGCUCCUCUAAUGACAGAAAAUGCUGGGAAGAGUAAUUGUCCAGCAAUUUCAAGUCUAAAUGCCCCGCCAUUUGUGGCAAUGGAACUUUGUCGAGAGCAUUUGGGAGUUCACUGGUGUGAUAAGAGAAGGAGCAUAACUGAGUACAAGCCUCUUUUUCCUGCUAUUGAUUUUUCAUUGAUAGAAACUGAUGAGGACACUCUCUGGACUCUGGAUGUUAGAGAAGCUGAUGAAGACCUAGCUGAGAGGGGCCAAAAGUUCUUGAACUGGUUGUGGACGCGCGAGGAGUCUGAGAUAGCUGUUGUAACUCACAGUGGAUUCUUGAUUCAUACCCUUUCUGCAUUUGGAGAUGACUGCCAGCCUCCAGUGAAGGAAGAGAUCUGCAAACCAUUCAACAAUUGCGAACUUCGAUCGAUGGUGUUUGUGGAUAGAAGUAUGGCCGCUACAAGUUCCUCAAAAACUAAUUUCCCAGAAAAAAUUCCAGACGGAAUGGACGCUCCUAGGGAAGAGGCUGUCGAGAAAAACUGAUGGUUGCUCCACAUAAUUGUUUAGGAUUGAAAGGAAAAUUGAGUGUGAUUUUUCCUGAACAUAGUUAUUAAGUUAUUCAGUGAGGUAGAUUCAUUCGUCCCCUUUUACAUCAUGGGAAGUAAUAUUAUUGAAGUAGCUUAAGUUAUUUAAACUCGUAUCAUGACAUAUUUUCCAUGGCUAAGACAGGCGUUAGCAGAAAUCUUUAUUUUGUUAGCAUUUUAUGACAUUAAUAUCGAUGAGUAUUUUUUGAGCACAUUUUUAUGAAA